UUAAUUUUGAAUUAUAUCACCGUCUAUACGUGUCUUCCAUCAACAUGGCAGAAAAUAACUGUUGCAGAUUUGGAGAAGUUCAAAUGGAUAGCGGACAAAGCAGACAACGAAUGAGGCCUUGGCUGGAAGCCAAAGUAGAGGCGGGAAACAUACAGGGACUGGAGUGGUUGUUCAGAGAGAAGAAGAUUUUUAAGGUCCCCUGGAAACAUGGAGGCAAACAUGACUGGAAUGAGGCAGAUUCUACAAUAUUUAAGGAAUGGGCCAUACACACCGGCCGUUAUAGAGAAGGGGUUGAUCCCGCAGACUGGCCAACGUGGAAGACACGGUUUCGGUGCGCUCUCAAUAAACUUCCGGAUAUCCAGGAAAUGAAAAACUUUAAUCAGCUAGAUGGCAGUGAUCCAUUCCGUGCCUACAGGUUCCUCAGUAAAGAAGAAAUCAACCAAGCGAAAUCAAACAAUAAAGAGUAUCGUGAGGUCUGUUCUUUAGCGUCCACUCCCGGUACACCAAAUUCAGAAUUGCCAGAAAAAGACCCGUCAGAGGUGAAGAUUCCAACCCAGGGCCAGUUACCUAACUUUCCGUCUGAUUUAGAAGAUUUAGAACUAGAACCCAUAAAAUCUGAUCCAAAUUCGACAAAUACUCAGCCGAAUCAAGUGACUACCCCAGCCAAUGAUGUAAAAGAGGAACCAAGUGAUGUCGAAAUGACAGAGAUAGGCGAUGGUUUGACAUCCCGUGGCCCCCAUCCUCAACAGGCCAUUGUUCCCCUAGUGGUCCGCCCACCAGAACCACAGGCACACGAAAUGGAAAUAAUAAUCUGUUACUGCCAACAACAAAUGUGCAGUUUUCACAUCCGAAGUCCGCAUGGAUGCCGACUCUUCUACGAUCCGGAGAGGAAUGAUCGUAUCCUUAUGGAACCGUUUAAACAGGAACUUUUUGGACCCGACCAGUUUGAACAACUAGAAUUUCCUCCCUGUGAAACCAACAACCCUGGCCAGGAGGAACACACGUAUAAACUACUGUCGGCGUUAGACAGGGGCAUGCUACUCGAGUGUCAUGAUGGCAAAAUCUAUGCAACUAGAAAAUCGAGAUGUGUAAUAUUUAUCUCAACUCCUACUGUUUACAAUGGAGAACCCUUCAAGUUGGAACGAAAUGAAAGAGUACAAGUGUUUGAUUUCCAUGGUUACUUUGAGCCAAUGUUACAGCGCUACCUGACGGGAGGUUCCAGCAAACCCCAGGCCCAUUUUAUGAUUGGUUUUGGUCAGAGACUGAUGUCCAGCAAUUCGGACCACAGUGGUCUGCUUAUUUCAGCACAGGUGUACCACAGCCGAGCAAAACAGCUGCUCAAUCAGGUCUCCUGUGCAAGCCCGCUUUCGGCAUCUAUAAAAAUUUCGAUGUCGGAUGAUUUUGACAAGCUAUUUUCAUACUUGAAACUUGUCAAAGAGGAAGGCAAUGGACAUGUCAUGGAAACUUAAACAGAAUUCGUAAUAUGACGUCAUUUCCUUUACAGACGAUUUGUUUUGUUCAGUUGGGUUGUUUGUUUGGUUGUUUUUGUUAAGGAGUUGAAACUCACCGGAAAACUGUAAUAGAUCUAAAUUGAAUAUAUUUGAUAGAUAUGAUAGACUUGCGUUAUUAGAAAAUUCAAAUAUACACAAUUUAACCAAAAAAAGCGUUUUUGUAUGGAAUCAUGGGGAAAAAGUAAAACCUGCAGAGAUCGAUAUCGAACUUUUUGCUUUGUAGUUUAUUAAACCAACGCUUUAAAGUACUGCGCUACCUAGUUAAUAUUGAAUAUGGUAAUUAAUAAAACAAAAUAGACAUUAUUUUAAUUAUGAUAUUAUUAGACAUUUCUUUUCAAAACAAAAAGACUAUCGGAUGUGUUAUUUCUUCUUAAAUAUUGUUUUCUGUGUAAGUUUUCUAUUCUAGCUGAUGUUUUGUAUUUCUUUCAAGUUGCAGUUAACGAUUUUAGAGAAAAUUAUACAUAAAAAGAUAUAGAAUAGAAAAAAAACGCACUAAGUAUUUAAGAUACUUGUAUCUGUAUAUUCAGAGCAACCUUAGUUCCCCUUACUUUGCUUUCAUAUCUAGCGGUGUGUACGUUAUACAUUGAAGAUAAAUUAUGAAGUUGGAAGAUAAGAUUUGCCAUAUACAUGUACGGUGUGCAUUAUGCAACUAUUUUUUUGUAACUGUAAGAUCUUAAAAUAAACCAUGAAUUCCAA